UUUCGCGCCCAGUGAUCCAGUGACGUCAUCUUCCUGCGCUGCGUGGAUACCGCUGUUGGAAGAGGGAACUGCUUCCCUGCCCUUCACUGCUUUCGUUGGGCUGCUGCUCAUUCGGAAUAAUGGCGCUGUCACUGUGGAAGGGGCUGGUGGGCAUUGGCCUCUUUGCCCUAGCCCACGCGGCAUUUUCCGCUGCUCAGCAUCGUUCUUAUAUGCGAUUAACAGAAAAGGAAGAUGAAUCACUGCCAAUAGAUAUAGUUCUUCAGACACUUCUGGCCUUUGCGGUUACCUGUUACGGUAUAGUUCAUAUUGCAGGGGAGUUUAGAGACAUGGAUGCCACCUCAGAACUAAAAAAUAAGACAUUUGACACGUUAAGGAAUCAUCCAUCAUUUUAUGUAUUUAAUCAUCGUGGUAGAGUACUGUUCCGGCCUUCAGAUACAACAAAUUCUUCAAACCAAGAUGCAUUAUCCUCUAACACAUCAUUGAAGUUACGAAAACUUGAAUCACUGCGACGUUAAGAUUUUUACAGAUCAUAACAACAAUACAGGACACAGAGCUGGAAUAUUGGAGUUUGGGGCAUAAAACACUCCCCCCUCAGUAUUUAUAAUGAUCUUUUAGACCUAAUUUUAAAAAGUCUGUGGCCCUUGUUUGUACACUGUAAUCAAAUUAUUAUUUUGGGGAGAAUUUCAAGAUUUAUUUAUUUUUCUUAAUUGAAUUUAUUGGGGGUGAUAUCGGUUAAUAUUAUAUAGGUUUCAGGUGUACAAUUCUAUGAUACAUCAUCUGUAUAUCGUGUGUUCAACACUCCAAGUCAAGUCCCCUUUUGUCACCAUUUACCCCCCAUUUACCCUCUUCUACCUCCCCCCAUCCUCUUUCCACUCCAGUAAUCACCAUACUUACUGUUGUCUGUGUCUGUGACUUUGUUGUUGGUGUUUUUUUGUUUGUUUGUUUUUUUGCUUAAUCUCUUUACCUACUUCAUCCAACUCCCCAGUCCCCCUCCCCUCUGACAGCUGUGGGUCUGC